AUGCGGUUUACAAGGGUUGUGCAUAGCACACUUGGGCAUCUUUCCAGUGUGCACCGUGGUACGGCCUUCGAAAAGCGUUCUCUUAACCUUCUUCAGUCAACCAUGUCCAUGUCACUUGCUCGCGUUGGUGGACGGGCCGAUGGAGGCGUUGACCUCCUCGGCUGGUGGUGGCUUCCUGAAGCCGGAUCCCUAGACCCAGAACCCCGCCGUCGCAUUCGUGUCCUUGGUCAAUGCAAAGCUGAGAAGAAAAAGAUGGGUCCCAAUUACGUGCGCGAACUUGAAGGGGUAGUGUACAAAUACACGUCCGAGGCUCGUCGUCUCUCCGACACCUCUUCGAGUCCAAAUCCUACUUCUCUCUCGCCAUCAUCUUCUGCACUUCCUAACCUCAACGCUGAAGACUUUCUCGUCGACCUCACGGGACAUAACGCCUUCCGCAAUCCUCGCAAUCCGACAUCAUUACCCAUCGUUGCCGUCCUCGUCUCUGAAUCAUCUUUCACUCAAGCAUGUCUUCUCACCGCUCAUGCGUCCCCUGUUCCGUUCUUUCUACUUCAUCUACCUCCUUUCGCGUCGCUACCCCAUCCUGACGAAGCCCGCCCAUCAUCUGGCCCUAUGGGAACAUUAUACUGGAAUGCUGCCCUUUCCUCAUCGCAUGGGUUGCUGGGCACAGAGUUUGAGAUCAGAUGGGAGCGCGAUCCGGAGAAUACGGAGGGGGAGACGAAGGGAAGACCGAGGUUGUGGUAUGGUGGGAAGAGACUGCCGAAUUGGAUACCUGGUCUGGAUAGGGGCAAUAUCGAUUCAAGCGGGGCUUCCUGA